AUGGCGGUGAUGAAUACACUACAACAUGCGCGCCUGAUACGUGCCAUUCAAGACUUGCGAGAGCAGCUAAAUGACCCAUCUUCUUUUGGAUCUAAGGCAAGAAGACUCUACAUGUAUAGCAAGGAAGAUGCUAUGGUCAAAUGGGAAGACGUGGAAUCCCACAUACGGGAUGCGCGCUCCCGAGGAUAUAAAGUCGAGAAGGCGUGUUUUGAGCAUGGUUCACAUUGUGGAUUGAUCAUGGAAGAUGCUCAUCGUUAUUGGACAACAGUUCAGAGGUUUUGGCAAGGCCAAGAUAUGUCUGAUGUGGCAACGGAGGGAAAUAUCCGCAGUUGUUUAUAG